AUGUCUGCCGCUGUUGCUUCUGCUCCCGUAGCAUCUUCUAAUGCUUCUAAGCCUAAAGUUUCUAAGGCUAAGAUUGCUGUUAAGUCUCUUCACCCUAGCUACCUUGAUAUGAUUAAGAAAGCUAUUGGAGAGCUUAAGGGAAAGAGUGGAUCUUCCAAGCCUGCUAUUCUUAAGUAUGUCCUUGCUAACUUCCAAGUUGGAGACAACAUCAUCCAGGUUAACUCUCAUCUCAGAGUUGCACUCAAGAGAGGUGUUGCUAAGGGUGACUUCAAACAAGUUAAGGGAACCGGAGCUUCCGGAUCUUUCAAACUUGGAGAGAAGAAGCCAACUCCAAAAAUCAUCAAGAAGGUUGUAGCCAAGAAACCCGCCGUCAAGAAGACCAAGGCCGCUACCAAGUCUACUACUGAGAAGAAGGCUAAGUCUCCCAAGAAGGCCGCUGCCAAGUCCAAGUCUGAAAAGACCGAGAAAAAGCCAAAGGCUGAGAAGAAAUCUGUCAAGGAGAAGAAGGCCAAGUCCACCAAGAAAGUAGCUGCCAAGCCCAAGACUGAGAAGAAGGCUAAGGCUCCCAAGAAGGCUGUUGCUAAGCCUAAAGCCAAGAAAGCCGCUGAGCCUAAAGCUUAA